CAGUUUGCUCGAUUGCCGCUGUUCGAAUAGACGUCGGUCUGUGUCUGGGUCCGUGUGCGGUGAAGAUGCGAUCGAUUCAUGGCCAUUGAGGAAAGUUAAUAUCUAAAGAAAUAAAACAAAAACAAACGAAAUACAAAACGAAAUCGAAUAACAAAAUGGCGCAAAAUGUACGCAACUCCGAUCUAUCGCAGAUAGCUGUGAAUGCCAACAACAUACCCGACGACAGCGUCGAUUGCGGCAUCAAGGGUCUGGGCUGGUGUCGCGGCCCAGGCUGCCAGAAGUUUGCCCGCCUGCGCACCUUUGUCCUGGUGCUGGCCCUCACUGGCACGCUGCAGGGCGCCUGCGAAUCCUACUUCCGUGUCUCAGCCAAACAGGCUGCAUUCCAGUACGGCUACAGUGCCCUGCUAGUCGAUUGGCUACUGGUGACUAGCGGCCUGUGCCAGGCUGUGUUUGCCUUGGUGUUCGCCUUCUGGGCGGAUGUCUUCCAUCCCAUCAAGUGGCUGGUGGGCACACUGAUGCUGCAGUCCGUGACGUGUGUCAUCGCCGUCAUUCCAUCCAUAAUGAACUUUGCUGCUGGCACCAAGGCAAAGGAUGCUCUCUUGGAUGCCAAUCUGUGUGCCACUUCGCUGGCUCAGUUCCAGAAGCUGACGCUAACGGAGGCGCAGAGCAGCACCGCCACGCUGGUGAUGCUGUUCGUCCUGCAGCUGGCGCUGGGCAUGGCCGGACUGGCCUACUACACCAUCGGCGUCACCUACAUCGACGACAACUCCCUGUCGCAGGACAGUCCGGCGGUGAUUGCCGCCACGCUGGCGGCCCGCAUCUUUGGCCAGCAGGCGGGCUCGUUUCUGGUCUUGAGCGUGGGCCUGACCCACGUCGGCUGGUGGCUGGGCUGGGUCAUACUCGGGCCGCUGAUCUUUGUGGGCGCGGUGCUGGUGGGACUGUUUCCCAAGCGACUGCCCAAGACGGUGAUCCAUCAGGCGGCCCAGCGGAUCAUCGAGCAGUCGAACAUGCGCAGCUUCGGCAGCCAGUUCUCCACGUACCUGGACGACACGGACUUCUGGCCCUCGAUGAAGCGGCUCUUCAACAAUCGCCUGCUGAUGGUCAAUCUGGUCAGCAUCAUGUUCGUGCAGAGUGCCGUGGUGAACUUUGGCCUGCAGGAGGAGAGCUAUCUGCAGAGUCGCUUCUUUCUGCCGUACAACGAACAGGACGGACUCACGCAGGAGUGGCGCUCCGCCUUCGUCGCGUACUUCCUGAAGCCCCCCGUUAUGGCCGUGGGCAUGCUGAUUGGUGGCCUGGUCAUUGCCAAGGCUCGGCUCUCGGCUCGCACCAUCACCAUGAUCAACAUCGGCAUGGGCCUGCAUCUGGUGGCCAUCUUUGUGUACUUCGUGUUCCUCAAGUGCGACGUGGGCGCCAUUGCGGGCGUGGUGGGUGGCAAGCUCAGUCAGCCCUACUGUUCCAGCCAGUGCCUGUGCACGCCCACCGCCUUCAUGCCGGUGUGCCCGGAGAACAGCUCUGUGACCUACUUCUCGCCCUGCUACGCCGGCUGCACCAGGCAGAGCUCCAUCAACAGUUUCCAGCUGUUCGAGGACUGCAGCUGCAGCGGAGAUCAAACGCAGAACUCGUCGGGUCUGCUGCGUGCCACGGCCGGAGCCUGCAGCGGCGACGCCUGCCAGCAGACCAUCAUCCUGUUCCAGAUCUUCAGCAUUUCGGGCGCCUUCCUGCUGGGCAUGAUGACCAUUGGCAAGACACUGAUAACACUGCGCGCGGUCCUGCCGCAGGACAAGAGUUUGGCGCUGGCCUUCGAGCUGAUGCUCGUCGGACUCUUUGCCUAUGUACCCGUGCACCUCAGCUACGAUCUGGUGACACGCUCCACUUGCGUCUACUGGGCGCCCAACUACGAGCGCUGUCUGCUGCGCGAGACCCCGAAGCAUGGCAACAUCCUGGACAUUCUCACGGCCAGCUUGAUCCUCACCGGCGUGCUCUUUGACAUACUGGUGUUCAUCUUUGCCAAGGGCCUGAACCUCUACAAUUGCAAGGUCACGGACAACAACUACACGCCGUCGCUGUACGCGCCCGUUCCGCACGAGGACACAACCGCCUCGGCGUCUGCACCAAGAGGUGGCAGCCCCCUGACCACGACGACCACAUCCAUGGCCUCAGCCUCGCCCAUGCAGCGACGGGAUGCUGCUGCUCCUGCUGCACACGAAGAGCCUCAACAUGCGGUGGGCGUCUUUCGGAAUCCCAGCUCGGUGACGACCUCCUCUGGCGAAGUGCAAAGCAUUGUGGAGCCCAACGGCAGUGGUGUCACCUACGCCCAGGUGAUCUUUCCCCCGGACAGACGCAAGGCCAACGAUGGCAACACCUCGCCCAAGCGCCUGGCCGUCCCUGCCAAUGUGCCAGUGCAUCAUCUCACCGAGACGGAUGUGCGGGCACAGCUGGGCACCCUGAAAUCCUUCAAUGCCCCCAGCCAAGUGGCUGAUCCGGGUCAAGAUGUUGUGGACAAGCAGCCCCAGUCACAGUCACAGUCACAGCCACAGGUUCAGCCCUUGGAGGAGCCACAUCAAAGUGUUCUUCCUGCUCUGCCGGCAACGGAACCACCGACAACUGCGCCUGCUCCACCGGAAACAGAGCCACCGACAACUCCGCCUGCUGUCACAAAAACGGAGAUCAACACCCACAGGCAGCUGGACGAAGCCAGACCUCAAAGUCCCGAAACGGAUUUCUGACGCGGUCCCACAAAAAGUAUUCUAAAUUUUUUUAUAUUAUUUUCUUAGUCUAGAUAAAACCUCCAAUGUCCAGAAACGAAUCAUUUGAACAAAUAAAGAUAUUCUUCAUUUCA